CACGUCCGCCCGCCCUGGGAUCUGGACCAAUGGGCGGCUCUGUAGCACCUCUGACACCUUAAUUGAGAGUUUAAUAGAAGCUGUGAGGUUGGCUGGUGCGUAACGAGUCACUUCAGGAGCGGAGCUGUGUUACAUUUUAACUUAUUUCAUAUGUGUUGCGUGUUUUUAUAUCCUUAAGUAUGGACCGACCCAGUCUUCGGAGACUGUUUUCCGCUUGUGAUGUGAACAAAUCCGGGAAGAUUGAGUACGAGGACUUCGCCGUUGUUUGCCGGGAGCUCAACGUCCCCGAAACCGAGAUGAAAUCCCUGUUUGGCAAGUUCGACGCGGACGGAGAGGGAUACAUCGACUACAGCAAGUUUUCCUCCAGGUUUCAGGAGGUUUCAGAGACUCUGAACCUGGCGGCCUUUGGCGCUGGGCCAUCCCAGAACCAAUAUUACCCGUGGGAAGAGUUUGUGGUGAGAGUGGACGCGGAGUUCCUCCUGUCUGAAAGUCUCAGGGAGCAGCUAGCUGAUCUUUACCACGGCAUUCACUCGUCUGCUAACAUGACUCUGCUGCAGCAGUAUGAGGAAAUCAUCCACUCUCUGAUCAGUCAAAGCCGGGACAACAGACUGGAGUGUGAGCAGCUGGAGACAAGUUUGAAGCGAGUUGAGGAGGUGAACAACAGUCACCUGGCAGAACUGGAGGAUGAUAUACAGCAACAACUUGUCAGAACUGAGGAGAGGGUGAGAGACGAGGAGCGUAAGAAAAUGGAGGGAAUGAUGGCUAGCAUGCAAAGGAAGCAUGAGAUUGAGAUUGCAGACCUGCAUGCGACUGUGGACAGAUUGUUAAAGAGCCGAGAGGACUCUGAAUUCAACCAUUCAAAUAAGGAGGUGGACAGACUGAACAGACAAAUCGGCGAUCUCUCACACGAAAAUGAACACCUGCGGGCCUCCCUGCUGCAAGCCCAGACAAACAUCGCUGUCCUGCACUCAGAGCUGGACAAGCUGAAGAACAUGUAUGCAGAUCAGAAAGCUCAACAUGAAAGAGAGACAGAUGAUUUGAAGAGGAUGGUUAUGGAAUACCAGUCGUAUGCGAAUCAGAUUCAGGUCCUCCAAGAAAUGAAUAAAAAGCUGUAUGACAGUAAUGACGGGCUGCGCUCUGCAUUGGCCAGUGAGGUGGUUGCAGCUAAAAGGAGGCUGCCUCCCCAAAAUGAAAUCCCAGCCCGAAGGAUGAAACCCCUCCGACAGAGCACAUUAAACCACAGCAGCAUGGAUCAGGAUCCCAACAAAACUUACACUCGUGUGGCUAACUGGGCUGAUAUGUACCUGGACAGCGGAGUGUCUCUGGCGAUGGACACAGCUGAGAAUUCAGGCAGUGAUUAUGACAGUGAUGAUAGCCGAAGCUCAGUGGAAACGGUGCACCACAGUUACUCCUAUGCACCGUCUGAUGUGGAGAUAUCCGAAGUAAAAUCGGAAGCUGCAGUGUCAGGGACUCCUAGCAGGGCAAGCUCCAUUACAUCAUCUAUAAGACGACGUUUGUCUGCCUUCUCCACAAAGCCAUUAGAAGCAGACAUAGAAGAAACUGAGGAACAAACACCAAUGUACCGUCUGGUUUUAGCUGGAGAUGCAGGCGCUGGAAAGUCCAGCUUCAUGCAAUUGACUCUCAAUGAGUUCAAAGGAGACAUUCAGACAACACUGGGAGUUGAUUUCCAAAUAAAGAGGAUGUUGGUGGAUGGAGAGAAGACAAGUCUGCAGAUAUGGGACACAGCUGGGCAGGAGAGGUUCCGUAGUAUUGCCAGGUCCUAUUUCCGCAAAGCUCACGGGGUCCUUCUGCUUUACGAUGUUUCUUCAGAAAGCAGCUUUCUCAAUGUCAGAGCAUGGGUGGAUCAGAUUCAGGAUUCAACAGAUGAGAAAAUCCCCAUGUGUGUUAUUGGAAACAAGGUGGACCUGCGUGAGGAGCUUGCAGAAGGAAGCUGUGUGAGCAGUUUGCACGGAGAGAAGUUGGCCAAGGCAUACGGUGCCUUGUUCUGCGAAACGAGUGCCAAAGAGGGAACCAACGUUGUCGAAGCCGUGCUUCAUCUAGCAAGAGAAGUAAAGAACAAUGGCAGACAGAGGUGGCAGUCGCGUUCUCAGGUCAGACUGAAUCAAACCAACCCAAAGAAGACUCUUAACAGCUGCUGUGGACUGUAGCUCAGUAGAUAUGAGGGGAACAAGGACACAGUGAUUUUUAAUUUGUGAUGAAAGUCUUUCUUAUGUUUUUAACCCUUGAAAUAUUCAAAGGAUAACUCUUUCUUUAUAUUAGUAGUAUUUUCAGCAAUCCCCAGACGGAGCC